ACAUCGCAUACUCCCCACCUUGCACUGCACAGCGCGGAGACAUAUAGAACUUCGCCCUCGGUAAUCGGAGAAGUGAUAAUCUGAACGGUAUUAUCAACCCAACGAGCACAACACCCUCCCCGCGCCCGCCAUUUCCGGGCCCCGGAACGAGUUUCUAGGGAAGAUGGAGCCCCGCAAAACGCCCCCGGAGUACUUCCUUGAGAUUUUUGCCGACACCACCACCGUUCGAGAUGUCUUAAAGGGUAUCCUUAACCUGAUCUUCUUCCACCGAUACUUUCCCUCCAUCCGACCCACCACCUUUGACGUUCUAGACUUCACGCUCCCCGCCAUCAACGACGUCGACCUCGAAACCCUCAUUGACUCGCGCAUCAGCUCCCUCGUCCGCCAACACUCGGCAACCAGCGGCGGCGGCAUCCACGAAGGUGGUGGCGGCGGCGGCGGUGGUGGUAGUGGCAGUGCCGGGGGCGGCGUCCGCGGCCGCAUCGCAGUGGAAUUCUACGAGAAGCGACGCCGACGCUCCGGCAUCUGGUUCGGCGGCCUAGCAGGCAAAGGUGAGGUGGAAGUCUGCUGGGAGGUCUGGAAUCUGGACGUGACCAUCGCCACGCCACGGACUGAAUCUGAACGGGCGAAGGUCCGCAAAGCAAUGGAGAAUAUGCUCCAGAAGGCCGCACUGAAGAUCCUCGCCGUGGUCAAUCGCGAUAAGGAUCAUAUCCCACCCAUCACAACCAGCGACUCCAACCCCUUCCCUUAUCGCAUUGUCCUCAACCCGCGCACAGAUGGGUGGCAGAAUAGGUUUGGGCUGUAUUAAGAGGAAGGUGGAAGGGGGGUCCCACCCUCAGCGGUCUUGUCUGCUUGCAUUGGCAUCUGCAUUGGCUGGGCUACAGAUACCCAGGGCAUUUUCAUCACUUUGAUUUCUAUCUAUCUACUCCUUUUCACCCCACGACGGUGUCUGGCACCCCGAUGGUUUUGGUCAUGUGCGAAAGUUAAGCAUGAGACUUUCGUCUCGCGGUGGGCCAACAUAUCUAGAACUUGUGGAUGUACUGUACAAUACGAUACGACUUUAGGAUUAUGUUAGUCCCCCUUAUGACUUGUCUUGGCUCUCGACGUUUCAGAGGGAAUGUGUCAUAUACUCGGGGAAGGAAACCAGUCAAAGACGCAAUCAACAGUGCUCAAAUUACCGAGA